AUGGCUUUACAAAUCGCAAAACUAGAAUCAUUAAAGCUGUCCCCAGAGAAUACUCUACAGCAUAAUUAUACCACAGACAAAAAGACCAUGGAUAUCUUAUGGAGAGACAUACAAGUACUUUCAAAUGACAGAAGGUAUACUGCAGCGUAUAAAUGCACAACUGCACUUAUGAAUCUAGCACAUAAAUCCAAGAAACAAGAAUUAUUCAAAAGAUGUCUCUUAAUCCUUGCCAGACUUUCUGUACUUCUUUCAUAUUCUCAUGCAGAGUCUUUAUACAAAGAUCUUAUAAAGGAAGUAUACACAGAUAUUUUUGUGUAUAAUGGUGUAUACGCGUACUCAAUAGAUCUAUUUAAAAUUGCAAGUAUAACAGAAGAUCCGUACAAUUUUAUAUUCAAUGAGUAUCUGCUAAACAUAAGAAAGUCAAAGAAUAAAGACAAAGAAGAAAUUCUAUUCUAUACGCUCAUACAAGUGCACAUCACAGGGCAUAACCCAUGGGAUCAUAAUUGUACAGCAGACUUAUCCUGUCUACCCAUACAUAUCAGAGAGAGGUAUGUAGAGUAUACAACAAGCACACACCAAUCACACGCACACGAUAAAUAUAAGCCGGAGUUAAACCUGAGCACUUCUCAUGUUAACCAACAAAAUUCAAAAGAAUUCGUAAAUAAUCAUUCUAUCUACAGUAAUAUUAAUAAAUAACCCAACAUAACCUGA